GCCAUGAAAUUUGAUCAGGUUCCCCUCCCACAAGUAAGGGAUGGUUAUUGUGGUGAAUAAGCAGCUGAAUCCCGGACUUUGCGGGUUUCGUUGUUUAAAUCCCUAAAGAGCUCUACGUAUUAAUAGUAAGUUCCACGACAAUCCUUCUAGGGCUAGCAUCAUUUUCAAUCAAUCAGCUUAUUAUAAUAUUGAUCCUCGCAAUCAUGAAGUUAGUAAUCGGUGGUUCAACUGGCUUUGUCGGCGAGGAACUGAUUCUACAAGCUAUUCAGAAUCCAGCCUUCACAUCAAUCAUCGCCCUCAGCCGACGUGAGACACCUUUACCGCCGGGAUCUACGAAGGUAAAGUCAGUCGUAUGCGACGACUUUGAGGACUAUUCGGACAAUGUAAACAAUGAAUUGAAGGACGCGGAUGCGUGUAUUUGGACCAUCGCCAUAACACCAUCUAAGUCCACAACUUUCCCAUUCGAAGAAACAUCUAAGAUAUCUCGCGACUACGCGACGACGGCAAUCCGGACUAUAUCAAGUCUCCGUUCUGAUCAAAGCCGACCCUUCCGCUUUGUUUAUAUGAGCGGACACUUCGUUGCGCGUAGUCUAGACGAGUUAGCGGCACCAGUGCGCGCCCACGGUCUAGUCGAUUACACCCUGAUGCGUGGUGAGGCCGAGGUGCAAAUCCUCGAAUUUGCAGAAAAUUCCGGUGGCGCUGUUCAAGCUAGUGUCGCCAGGCCUGGCAUGAUAGACUCCCCGAACAGAGAAAGGCGAGAGAUCCCCGGAGUUCCGCAUGUCGAGCUACGCGACGUAGCAGCGUCGCUACUAGCUCAGGUCGUUGAUGGAUUUGAGAAGGAUACGUUAGUAAAUGACGACUUAACUCGCAUUGGACAGAAAGCAUUGGCCAAGUAGUAGCAGUCUUCGGCGUUCAUCUCAUAG